AUGGAUAUCCCGAGUGUUGUUCGAUUCUGCAUUUUGGUGGGCAGCGCACGAUUCGGCGGAAAUACUAUUGGUCUAUCGAAAUGGGUCUACAAUGAACUACAAUCAACCAUAAAUAACUCAACUUCAGAAAUUUGCCUUGUCGAUCCUCACACCAAACCCCAUCCGGUAACUCCAGUCUUGGACAAUACAUCACCAGCAAUGAUCAAAGAUCCAACCAUGUAUGCCAGCCAGGAAGUUCGAGAUUGGAGUCAGUUUAUUAACUCGUGCAGUGCAAUGAUAAUUGUAUCACCUGAGUACAAUGGAGGAUACCCGAGUACGUUGAAAAAUGCACUGGAUGUAUUGUUUUGGGAAUGGCAAAAUAAGCCAGCGGCCGUCGUAACCGCUGGUGGUGGUGGUGGUAGAAAAUGCGAUGAACAAUUGCGUCAAGUGAUGUCAGCUCUUCAGAUGGAUGUGGUUGAGCAGAGAGUACAAGUCAGGCUACCCAAAGAGUACACGUAUACCAAUCAACGAAUUAUACCAUCGGAACAACAUGAUACCUUUCUUGUACAAUACAGAGAUACGUUGCGGUAUGCAUUCGGACAACUCACUGACAAAAUAAGCAAAACCAGUCGUCAAUGA